GGCGCGCCGUCUCCAUCCGCUGGCAACUUUGUCGUGCGGGGCUCUGCCCUCACCCGGGGGGCGAGGGUCGGAGCCCCCCCCCCCCCCCGCCUCCGCCACCACCCCCCCCGCACCCCCCCGGCCGGCGAGCCCACCCCGCCAUGGCUGGGAUCGGUAUCGACCACUCCAAGCUGCCCGGAGUCAAAGAAGUGUGUCGAGACUUCGCUGUUCUGGAAGAUCAUACCUUGGCCCAUAAUUUACAGGAGCAAGAGAUUGAGCAUCACUUGGCAACAAAUGUUCAGCGUAAUCGUCUGGUGCAACAUGACUUGCAGGUGGCCAAGCAACUGCAAGAAGAGGAGGAUCUGAAAGCCCGUGCUCAAAUCCAGAAACACCGAAAAGACUUAGAACGACAGGACUGUGAGAUCGCUCAGGAAAUUCAAGUGAAGCUGGUAUUUGAAGCAGAGCAGCGCCGCAGGCAAGAGGAAAAAGACGAGGACAUUGCCCGUCUCCUGCAACAGAAAGAACUUCAGGAGGAAAAAAAGCGCAAGAAGCACUACCCAGAAUCCCAGGGACACACAGUCUAUGAAGAUAGCUAUUAUGCAGAAAAUGGAGAGCACCCCUGGGGUGACCCCAGAGAGCAGGUUUCUGAGCCUCGCAGGGCACACAAUGGUGACAGGCACACGCGCUGGCAGAGAGAGUACCGAGAAGCACUCUCGCCUUUGUCCAAUGGUGCCUCCGAUCACGGGCAUUCCACCUUGGAGGGUCGUCGGAGGUCUCCUCACCCAAGUGAGGUUGGUAAUGGCCAUCAAGAGGAGUGGAGAUCAGCCAGACAGGGAAGGUCCAGGAGACAUCCCAGCCUUGACCUGGGAAGAGAGACUGAGUAUGGCACCUAUGGCCACAGCGAUAUCUGGGAGCUGCAGGAGAGGAGAGCAGCUGGCCUGGAGAAGGCUUGCAGACCUCUCAGUCUUGACCUGGAGUCAGAGCAUAGACUUGCAGACCAGGCACGGCGCAGCAGAAAGCCAACGAGGCAAGACAGAGAAAAGCACCUUCCUCUUCUUGAGAUGGAACUGGAGGCUGAGCAGGAGACCUGGCAUCGGGGCGGCAGCCAGCUGGUGCGCCCUGAAAAACACAGAUCUCGUCAUCAGGGCCCCUCGUCACACAGGGUGGUGCGUGAUGAGAAGCUCCAUGAUGCUGAAUCUAGAAAUGAUCAUAGGAGGGGUGAGGAGAGAGACUGCAGAAGGGCAGGACACAGGAGAUGUUCGCCCUCCCCACACGCUGUGACCCAGGGGAAGGUUGGAGACUGCCAGCGAGACUCAGGCACUAAGUUGAGGGGGACGAAACAAGCCUUCUAUGAUACACCCCGAAGGGAACAGGAGUUGUCUGAUGCAGAGAUUGCUCGGAAGCUGCAGGAGGAAGAGCUCCUGGCUAAUGAGGCAGAUCAGAAGGCAGCUCAAGUAGCCCAAGAUGAGGAAAUUGCCAGACUCUUGAUGGCUGAGGAGAAAAAAGCUUUCAAGAAAGGGAGGGAGAGAGAAAAGUCUUCCUUUGAAAAGAGGAGGCAUGAUCAAGACUGGAAGCAUGAUGCAAGCGAGUCCACACGCUCAAGGUCAAAAGAAGGGCCUGAAACUCAGCAACACAAAGGUGACAGGUCUUCAAGGUCACAGCCUCUCCUUGAUGACACUCGAUAUUACACAAGCCAGCCCAGCCCCUUGCGCCAGAUCCCCAAACCUGAGCAUUCUCCUAAAGGUUCCCGUAGGAAGCACUAAACUGUGCCAGCCUUUGCUUUGGUACUGACUCUUCUGUAGCAAACAUUACUGGAAUUGCCAGGCAACUUUCUCGAUUCCUUACCCAAUGGGAUGUCUACCCUCCACUCCCAGGAUCUCCUCUUAAGUGUCAUCAUAUUAAUAAGGAACUGUUUGUUUCAAUUUCUUACUCGUAUGUGAUCACUUAAGCAGUGCAGUAUAAUCUAGCUGCCACUGAGCUGUGUGAAGCAACUAGCUGACUUAACAGCUCUCUUUUACACUUUUUUGAGGCUUUCUUUUUGUUUUUAUUUUUAAGCUUUGGCUGGAGCUUUGACAAAGAGGACAAAUAGAGAUGCACAUACAACAGAGAGGAGAAUCCAAGAAAUGAAUUGGGUUAUGGCAAUGACAAAGUAUAAGUCUUUUCCAUGUUACGAUGACUUAGCAAAGAGUUAUAAAAGGAAACAUGUUUCUUGCUGUGUUGGGUAAGACAGCUGAGCCAACCUGACAGUCGUGUUAGCUUGCAGGAAGAGAGAUUGCAUCUUCAUAAAGUGCACCAGCUAAAGCCAGAACCUGGGACUGGUGAGGAAGAAAUUGCCUGUAGAAUAGAAUUUCUUAACUGCUGUAUUUCUUUCUAGGGUUUCCAGCAAUCUGGGUAGAGUAUGUAACCAGGCAUUUAGCUCCAGGGUAUAGGAUAGAACAGUUAAAAGGAAAGACAAUUUCAACUGAAAUUAGACCUUGUGUGCAUGACUUUUAAGACAUGCCAGGUUGUUGAUGAAGCUGUGAGUUGUGGAUUGGGAGGAACCAUAGAAACAGAUUUAAAUGCCUGAAGGGACUUCUGUGGUCACCUGCUUUGAGCUUCAGUGUGAUAGAAGCCAAGGAGUUUCAUUGAAGCCAAGUAGGAACUACUGUAAAUCGUAGCUCAGUUGCUGAUGCGCUUGAAUACAGUAACUUGUAUCUGAACCUGCGUAUGUCUUGGAAACAUGGGGCGGCCUUAUGGGCAUUGAGCAUCGAAUCAAAAAUCUAGAGUUACAGGAAACUUGGAGCUAGACACAGAGUGCCGAACAGUCCACACAGUGUCUGUGCUGACAGCUUCCCCUCUACACUGCUCCAUCCAGCACCCCAGGAAGACUCCAGCUGGCAUAAAACUGUUGCUCUCUAGGGCAUAGCAGUGUCUGCAAGUUUAAGUUGUCUGUAUAGAUUUGCCCAUGCAGUGAUUUUUUUUUUUUUUAAUUUAUUUUUUAUUUUUAUUUUCAAUGGCCUGUUUUUCCUCUGCUCUCUGAAAAUCAUUCUUCUCUUGCACAAGCAAGUAGCCUUUUCCCUUGGCCUCCUCUCAUUUCAAUUAUUUUGUUUUUUAAAUUUUUUUUUUUUUUUUGCUGUGUUUUUUUUUUCAGGUGCAUUUUUAAACUACAAACCUGAGCAUCUGGACGCUGACUUGGAGUCUGUUCAGGCAGCACAGCGUAGUUAUUCAUUUGCCAGUCCAGUUCACAGCAACAAGCCUGGCUGCCUCACCCCAGCAGCCCAGCGCUGAGUCUGUCCCACCACGCUCUUUGUCUUCUGCUGGCAGCUGCGGUUCUGCCGCUGGCUUUGCUGAGGGGGGGAGGCAGACCUGUGACUGUACUUGCCCUUCCCACCAAUCUGCCUGGGAAAGGAGCCUUGACAGCUCUGUAGAGUUUUGUGGAGAGCACAUGCUGGCAUGGAGCACUGAUAAGAAAUUGGAAGGGAUCAUGGCACUCUGCUCUUCCACUGAUGCGCAGUUCAAGUGCCAAGGCAGCUGUAUAGCUUUAACCUUCACUGUUGUCCUUGGUCAGGAUAGUUGCUGAGGUAAAUCACUAGGAAGAUAAGGCAACUCUCUUUUCAUUAAGUUGCAGGGACAAGUUUAAUACCAUAGCACAAGCCCAUGCCUUGCCUUGACCAACAACUCCAGAAACUUCUAUCUCCUACCCCCACUGGCCUGUUGGCAGCAAUUCACUGCCUGUGAAGAACCAGAUAACCCCUACAGACCUCUGCUGCACCUCUGCUGCAGGCAUACACUAGCCAAAAAUCUUGUAACAUAGGACUUUGUGCAUCGGCAGCAUCCUGAUAGCUGCAUGCUCUUGCUUCAGUACUACGAGCUUGCUCACCUGCAUGAACCCUUAAGUGACUUGCAAGGUCUUGCUUGCUUGCUGCUUCUUCUCAGGAAUUUCCCAGCCAGCAGCUAGAUUUUACUGUCCUUGCCUUGUUCUCUCUUCUCGUUCCAUCUCUGUCCAUUCAGAAGUGUUAACAUUGUUUUAAAUGAUCUGGAAAAAGAACAACAUAGGCCCUAUUUUUUUUCUUUUUUACUUGAUAACUUGGGUCAAUGUGGCAACCUCACCUGCAAAGAUUUUAUUUUUUAAAAAUUUAUUUUUGUAUUUCAUGUAACAGUCCAAAUUUCUACUGCUGAAAAUGCCAUUUUUUUUUUCCUGUGGGUUUUUCCCCUCCAUUGCCAUCAGAGUAUUUAUUGUUGUGAAAUGGAUGCCUGGUGGGGUUUUAUGAACUAAUAAUUUCUACAAACACCCCAGUCCAGGCCCUGCUGCUUGUAUCAUCUGAUGCACUUGUGAAAACUGGAGGGGGAAAAGUCCUGCCAAAUCAGAAAGUGAUUGUGCUUUGUACUCACUGUGCAUGGGGAAAAAAUGGUGAUCCUUCUGCAAAGGGCGAGGGGAAAUCACCGACUAGGAAUUUAGCCCUUCCUGGGCCUCUGUAGCUGGCUGUGAGAGGCUUUCUUGCGCUGCAGUUUGCUGAUAUAACUUCUGUCUUACCCUACUAGAGAAGACACAAAGGCCCUGAGCCUGAUGACAUUUGAAGAACCUAUUGAUUCAGAAGGGGUGCUUGGGAGUAUCCAAGUUGUUGACUUCAAUGGGAGUGAGUGGAAAUGAUACGAGAGAAAAUUCAGGUUGAUUUUUAUUUGGAAGCUGGCUAAAGUCUGAAGAACACCUCAGUGCCUGCUCGGUGGAGCUGCAGGCUCUCUUUAAUGGCCUCCUUGGGCCAGCCAAGCUCUCCAGCCAUGGCAAGAGAUGUGAGCCCAAGGGAAUGAUCCCAAGAACAUCUGCUGCUUCCUUGGAUGCCUUCAGGGAGUGCUGAAUGCUUUAUGGGCUGCUUUGUUCUAUAUCCUCCGUUAGUCCUCACCUUUUUAUCCUUAUUCUCCACCUUUAUUCAUUUGCUGUCACUUGUUUUUUCUGUCUUAUUUUUACAUAGCCCUUGUGAAAAGGGGGGCCCUACGGUUUUGUUAGAAGGGGCUGACACCUAUUGAGAGGCAGAGAGGUGCUAUCAAUGGUAGCGGAGGAAAGCAUGUAGAGAAUGGGGUAUAAACAGAGCAAUUGUUCAUCUAAUAUAUCUUGUGGGCCUUGUGCAGGUUAGAUACUUCCUGAGACAAAAGUUGCAACUGGGCUUUCAGGCUUAGUAGCCACUUUGGAAGGAGAUUCCAUGGUCCCAUUGAAGUCAACAAGAGUUCAGAUCAUGGAUGAACAAGGAGCCAACUCCUCUUGGGGCUCAGCAGCUGCAGUUCUGCCGAGAGUCAAGAAGAUGCAGCUUAUGUAGGCGAGAUGCAAAAUCAGCACCUUGCACGUGUGUGUAAAGAGACACAAUGAAGUUGAUCUUUCAAAAAGAAACAAUCAGCAAUAUUUCCUUUCUAUGACAGAAAAAUGAAUAAGUAACUGUAUUUUUUCCUUGUCUUUUCUUGACAAGUUUUAGUAGCUUUGCCUAUGGGUUUGCUCUGGAUUUAAUAGCAUGUCGGAGCCCUUGCUGGGACCCCUGCCCAGGUCAUUCAGGUCUUGUAUCCCUUUCUGACUCUCUGUGUUAACAAGGCAACAGGCACCACGUCGAAAAUUCAUCACCAUAAAAUCCUGGCACUUCCUAAUCCUCGUAGUAGGCACAUCUCACCAGCAAGAGCUCUUGCCACCUCCUCACCUCCGUCCAAAGCACAACGGUCUGCAAAAGAGAGGUUGGGUGAACUGGAGUGACCGUGCCUUACAUGCAGGGAUACUCGAUGUCUUCAGCAUGCUGAUCUGAGUCACCUUGCUAUGAAACACUGUCUUAAUGUGGACUGUACAGCUUCCUGCAGUGAGAAGCAGUUGUUGUCACGUGGAUAGAUCCGACAGGUUAAUAUCAUCUUUUUUUAAAGAACUUAAUGGUUUUGAACUUAGUGGGGUGGGGAAAUAUCAGCUGUUAGGGGAUAGAUGAAGUCUCAUCAUUGAAUUGCUCCUCUUGGGGAGGAAGGAUAGAAGUUACAAAUGCUGCAGUCUGCUUCACUCUGUAAAAGGGAUCUUGUAUGUACAGUAUUUUUAUAUCUCUGCAUUCCCACCUGUCAGGAUUUGAAUCAGGAUUAAUAAUAUUCUCUUAAGGGAAAAAAAAAAUAGGUUUUUUAUUUUUUACAGUGCUAGACCUUUGUAUUUUUUCAUUUUGUGCCAAAUUACAGCCACUGUUACAUUCUAGUGUUUUCAAGUUAUUGCUAUUGAUCAAUAUAUAUUAUAUAUAUUUUUAUUAUCAAGGUUUUUAUUUGAAUUCAUCUUAAUCUGUAUGCAAGCUAACUGUGGAUUGCUAAUUUAUAUAUAAAGGGGAGCACUUGGAGACAGUGUGAGGAUUCCCCUACUUAGUUUACACUCUCGUAAUCUAGCACAGCCAGUCCGUGAAACUCAUCGCUUCUUACACAGAAUGAUCUGGGUGUCUGUCAUGCUGAGCAGAUUGCUGCUGCUGUUCCUCGCAGCAGCGCUGGCCCCGCAAGGCCACGUUAGAUGCAGUAGGAAAUUAAGCACAGCUCAUAGUGUGGACUGAUGGGCAACUGAGCUCUCUGCUGUCCCGCUCCUGGCAGCGAUGCCAGGGAGGGGGCUGCAGGAGGAAUUCUCAUCUGGGGGUGACUUUGAGGUUUAUUCUGCCCUGUAUCCGUCCCUAGCUGAUGGGCAGUUUGUUUUGCCCCGCUCUUGGGAUGCUCAGUGCUUAGUUCUGCAGUUGCUUUGGGGGGUGUGUGUGAGAUAGAGCGCUGAGGUGCAGCAGUGUCUCUUACAUGAAGUAUACCACAGUCAGCUUGUCUUCUUUUUUUUUUUUUUUUCUUUUUGGUGCAGAGGGCAGGCAUAAACCUGUAGAGAUCCCAGUUUACUGUACUCAUUAAAACAUGUGCCAUAGCACGUUUCUGGCUGUGCAGCACUGCCGUGGGGGCUCUGGCCAUGCUGCACACAAGUGCUGCUUGGACUGCCAUGCCCAGGAUAGGCUGCAGGACACAGGUUUUGUGUCAAGAAGCUGCAUUGCCCUCAGCUUCUGGGCUGGAGAUAUAUCAUCAGCCAUCUCCUCCCCGUGAGUAGCACAGGGCAAGGAUUAGCUGUGCAGUUUGGGCUCUUCCAGGAGAGUCCCACAGAGGACAGUGGCACACACAAAUUAGUAUUUUCUACUUCACGGUAAACAAGUUCCACUGUAUCAGUGUUCACUCUAAGUAGACUCCACGGUGUGUCUCCAGCUGCAUCUGUGCACUGCAAUAUAGUUAAUUGCCUCAGAGAAAUAACUGUAAUUGUCUCAUUUAGUUCUUCAGGGUAAACUUUCAGCCUGUUGAAUCUAAAUAUUAGCCAUGUGAUGAGAUGGAGUAGUCAGAAGGCUUAAAUUCCUUGGAGCUGCAUGUGUACCCUGCAUUGCAACAGCUCAUUCUUAAAUAUAAAUUGCGCACUGACAAUAAUCUGUCUAUGCAAGCCUAUUUUUUUUUUUUCUUACUUUUGACUGUUCACUCUAAUUUUACCAGGUUUGGCAUAGAACUUCUGAAUGACAUUUAACCAAAGUAUCAUGUUCGUGUGUGUGUGUAUAGCAUGUUUUGCUUCAUACUCCUGAAUUCUCAUUGAAUGUAAAGGGAACAUUGCCUUGCCCCAUUUUGUUCAAUAAACCGCUGUAUUUUGUUAUCCACCACAUUAUUCUGUCCCUCUGUGUGCUUUUCUGGAAACACUGAAUUGGGUUACACAAGAGCAGGAGAAAACAAAGCUUCGUUCCACCCUUGGCUCCUGGAGCUCAGCUACUUCUACAAAUAAUUAUGUUCUUCCAAUGUAAUAGAUGUAGCAAAACAACAAAUUUAUAUUUAAUUUGAUUAUUUUGUAGCUAGACAGAUGGAAAAAAAAGCUGUGUAAUAUCUUGGAAAGGAUCUGGACUGUUUUGUUUCCUUGGACUGUGAUACUGAAAAAUAAAGUGGUGUAAUUAUUUGCAA